AUGCCGCCAGUCCAGGGCAGCCGUGAUGCCCGUGUGGGCCAGCUGGGGUGCUUUGACCUCUUUUGCGAAGGCGAUCCUGCCUUCCUGGAGGAGCAGCAUGAGAUGGUAUGGAAGGGUGAGGGCAGGGGCUCCUACACCGCUGCCUCCUACAAGGAAUUUGAGAAAGGAGGCUGGGAGAAAGAAGUCGUGAAUCGACGAUACACAUCGUACCGGCCGCGGCAAUGCUGCCUAUGCUUGCUGGCCCUUUUGCUCCUCAGCGCUCUCGGCUACUUUCUCUACUACCUCUUGCAUCGUGU